AGGCGCAACUUCCGCUCUCGACUCCUCCUUUGUCUGAGUCCUUUCGCUCCUCCGCCUAGUUAUUUAUUUAUUUCCUUUUCGUUUGUGGGGUAUAUUUUUAUAUAUCCUUAUCUCUCGGUUAUUGAAUGACACUCGAUUCCGACACAUAUAUGCCUAAAAGCAAAGCCCCCAAAAUGGAUGAUGUGGACUACAUCCCAGCGGACCUGAGCCCGGAGGAGCGCUCCGAGCUGGAGGAGAUCCGGCGCAGGAAGGGAGCGCUGCUUCUGGAGAUCCAGCGGCUGAAGGAGGAGCUGAGGGAAGCCAUCAUAGAGGUGGAGGGGCUGGAGAGCAGCACGGACGGCAGUAAAACAUUACAGAAGAGUCGGCAUGUGGCCAUGGGCAGGAAGAAAUUCAACAUGGACCCGAAAAAGGGCAUUGUGUUCCUAGUGGAGAAUGAGCUUCUUAGACACACUUCAGAGGACAUUGCCCAGUUUCUGUACAAAGGAGAAGGACUCAAUAAAACUGCAAUAGGAGACUAUCUGGGUGAAAGGGAUGACUUCAAUAUUAAAGUAUUGCAAGCUUUUGUGGAUCUUCACGAAUUCACGGAUCUGAACUUGGUACAAGCCCUUCGGCAGUUCCUGUGGAGCUUCCGCUUGCCCGGCGAGGCUCAGAAGAUCGACAGGAUGAUGGAGGCUUUCGCACAGAGAUACUGUCACUGCAAUCCUGGAGUCUUCCAGAGCACAGACACCUGUUACGUGCUGUCGUUUUCCAUCAUCAUGUUGAACACCAGUCUGCACAACCCCAACGUGCGGGACAAGCCCUCGGUGGAGCGCUUCAUCAGCAUGAACAGAGGCAUCAACGACGGAGGAGAUCUACCCGAGGAUCUGCUCCGAAAUCUGUAUGACAGCAUCAAGAACGAGCCCUUCAAGAUCCCAGAGGAUGAUGGGAAUGACCUGACGCACACUUUCUUCAACCCGGACAGAGAAGGCUGGCUCCUCAAACUGGGAGGUCGUGUGAAGACAUGGAAGAGACGGUGGUUCAUUCUGACUGAUAACUGCCUCUAUUACUUUGAGUACACAACAGAUAAGGAGCCCAGAGGCAUCAUACCAUUAGAGAACCUGAGCAUUCGAGAGGUUGAAGAUCCCAGAAAGCCAAACUGUUUUGAGCUGUACAUCCCUAAUAACCGCGGGCAGCUGAUAAAGGCGUGUAAGACGGAGGCCGACGGUCGAGUGGUGGAGGGAAACCACAUGGUGUACCGGAUCUCAGCUCCCACCCCGGAGGAGAAGGACGAGUGGAUCCACAGCAUCAAAUCCGCUGUGAGCGUGGACCCCUUCUACGAGAUGCUUGCAGCCAGGAAGAAACGCAUUUCUCUAAAGAAGAAAGAAGAGCAGCCCUGAAAGUCCUCCGCUCCUCCUCAAUCCAUCCAUCCAUACGCUCCCUCCAUCCUCUGGGAAACCAGUGAUCCUUCAUUAAGGUGGCUCUCAUCCUCUCAUCAGAUCAGUCUGUUAAUCUGGUUCAUGGAGAGAUGGAUGUCGUUUGGGAAGCAGAACGACAUCAUCUCGGGUCUGGAUUGCGGUGGUCUGGACUGCAGCUCUUAUCUCCACACUUCUCCUACACUUGCACACUACACAGUGUUAUUCACGAUCACACUAGUCUGUACAGAUUCUCGCUGUGUUAUGCUGACGUUGAACCUGCAUUAUUCUCCAUCCUCAUCUCACAGCUCCAGUUCCUGCUAUUUACAGCGUUGCACUGUGAAGUUCUUACACAAACAGGGUAGACGUCCAAACAGCCUGAUCGGUGUAUUCAUCUUCUUCAUCAUCUUCAUCAUCAGGGACGGAUCUAACGAGCCUUUAGCAGAGACAAGCGGGACGUUUGCUUCACGCUGGAGGCUUUUGUUAGUUCAGUCGCUGGUGAUUUACUGAGUCUGUUCUGCUGCCUGUCUUAAUGUUAUUUCGUCUGAACUGACGCUAUUUAUCUCAGACUUUUUUUACGUUAUAAAUGAAGAUGUAAAUGAAGGUGUUCACACCACAUAUCGAGCGCUACUGAGUUCACCUGUUAUAUAUCACUUCAGCAUAUCUGUGAAACAGGAUAUGCGUUUUACACUAAUGUUGGUAUCGGCCGCAUGGUAUUCCCACCGGUGAUGUCACUUCCUGUGUACAGUUGUGUUUUCCUCCACUGACCCAUCAGAACAUCUGUAGGAACGCACGUCAUUACAUGUGAAUCCUCGAAUAAGCUCCUUCACUUUGAGAAAAGAGCCUUAAAAGUCCCACAGCCCUGUUUCUGAAUGUUCUUACACUAGUGUUUCAACUGAACUCACGAAAACAUGUCCAGAUUAUACCGCACACUAACAGAACAGAUUUUGUGUCAUAAAAAUGCUGAUUUGUAUUUAUUUAUUUUUAUUAUUAUUUGGCAUUAUUUCCAUAACCAAGCAGCACAUUUCCUCCUGGAUGCAUACAGGCGUUUGGUGGGGUGAUAUCGAAUUUUAAAUUUUUCUGAAAUUUGGAACGAAAUUUGACUCAUGAUCUUGACAGACUCGGUGAGAUUCGCUCUCUGACUUUUUCCUACCAUAAGCAAAAUAAAAAAUGUAAAAAGAUGUUAUUAAAGGACUGAUUUUGGUAUUUGCUGAAAAUGUACUCACCCACAGUCCAUUCGAGAUUCUUCUUCAUCAGGUUUGUAGAAAUGUAGCAUUGCA